CAGUCACCUUAGACCACGUGUCAAGUCUCGUGUCAUGAUCGAAUCACCUUCACGCCACGCUGAAGACAUACAAAAUGCCAUCCAACAAUCCAGUUCUUCGAUCCACCAAAGAUCGGUUACCACCUCCGCCGAGUUGACGCAAAAAAUUCAAGAAUUGAUUCACGGUAACACCAUUCUAACCUACUAUUUGCGCAUGUCUUGGCAGCGAAAAUUGUCCUUUUUCGAUGAAUUGAUCAAAAGAAUCAAGAGUUUGGCCACUAUGAAGCUUGCCAUAAGCACUCUUCAGUCGCUUUUGGGGAAAUUAACAGCUUAUUGCAAGUCGACUACUGCGACUCCGAUGAACUACGAUAAAGUUCUCUAUGACCAUGACCGGAUGCUCGAUAAGGACAUUUUAGAGGAAAAUAUUGCUUUGGAUUUGGAGUGGUUUGAGUCGAUUGAGGAUCAAGAACAAGUGGCUUAUCUUAUAGCUUUUUUGAGUAUUUCGGGUCAGGCUUUAAUGUGGAUUUUCAUCGCGAAUUUGCAAUCAGAGCUUGCGCAUCGUCUCAAAACCCAAGUGAAGAAAGAAGAAGAAAAAGAAGAGAAGAAAGACAGUGAGGGGCUCCAAACUCACGAUUUGGACGACCCUAAGCACCAGAAGUGUCUCCAAUUGGAGAAAAUCUGGGUGGAAAGUAUGGGAAAAUUCCGGAAGAAAGUCUACACCGAAAAAGAACCCCAAAAAAAGUCGAAGAAAACAAAGAAGAAGGGUAAAGAUGAGUCACUUGAUUGGAUCCAAAUCAUGCCAAUCAUGAUCGUUAAAAAAAUCUUCAACUACUUAGACAAAAAAUCCCUAACUCGGGCCAAAAAAGUCAACGCGUAUUGGAAAUGGGCAAUUGGUGAUUUACUCAAAGACCGAAAAGUGCACAAAUCGUUGAAUAAAAUCGAUAAAAAGCUCCGGAAAGCAUCCGGUGGGUGUUUUUCCCCCGAAAGUGACUUUUCAGAGGUUAGAGAACGAGUUGGUCACACUGAGCGGAGACUCCGGAAGUUGCAAACGCGAGGCGCCAUUUUGGAACAGUUGAGACAAACUUCACUUCCGGCUGAUAAAACCUAUGCCCUUAUUACCGACGCAUUUCAAACUUUCAGCGAAAUAGCGCCGUUUGUGAGUGAUGUGACUAUGUAUCCGAGAGUUGAGAGGAAAAAUUCACCGAUUUGGAAAAAACCAAAAUUUAUUGUCAAAGAUUUGGAGAUAAUUUGUGAAGAUACAGGGGAUUUGUCUCUGUCAGAGGAUGAUACUGGGAUUCACACGAAUUUUUCGUCCUCGGUUCCGACAGUUGGCAGCGAUGCAUUUUGAAUGAAAUAAAGCAUGUUUACUGAGG